AUGCAGCCAGGCCAACAAGAGACGGGCUUUUUGGGAACAUUUCAACCAAAGAGUCAAGGAAACACACAGAGUGUGAAUGCUUUAUCAAGGUUCACCUCCAUGUUUGAUCGUAAGAGUCGCUACGUUGUGCGAGUAAGCCCGACUCAAAAGGGUGCAACGUGGAGAGGAUAUGGCACUGGUCGAGCACGAUCAAAGCAGAAGCUUACAAAAUGGCAGGUGUUUAAUCUUGUACGUCGGCUUGCAGUGGUUGCUGCUGCAUUUCAGUACCUCUCUCUCUCUAUGCUUGCUACUCGAGGAACACUCGAGGUUCUUCUUUCCGUUCCUGCACCAAAACAAUCUUUUGGUGUUUUAAAGACGUCGCUCAUUGCAGGAUACUUAGGGGAUCAUUUGAUUCGAGAUAGCAAGUUGGUGCAGGAUAUUCUGGGUGGAGACACGAGGCCACGAGACCACAUUCUGUUUCUUGAAUCGGAUACACAAGUAUCAACUUCGAAGUGCACAGAAGUACCGCGUUUUAACCCGAACAUUUACAAUUAUGACUUUCUCACGCGUACGUAUGAAGAAAUUACGAAUGAUUCAAGCUAUAAUACGACAGUCUUGACAGAUCUUGAGCUUGUCGUCGUAGUUGUCGACUGUACCUCAACCCCACUGACGAGAGAUGAUCUUGCAAAUGUACGUCUCUUUAAUUUAGUACGAUCUCGCAAGGAUCCGACAGACAUUUUUCUAGUCGACAUGUUGCUUUCAAUGCAAGACUACGCCAUGCAGUCACACAAGAAAUUUGGACCAGCACUAGCUUUGCAGGUUUCGAUUAUUCAAGACAUGCAGCAAGCGAUUACCAAGACACUUUUCAUGAUGGCGCUAACGUAUCCAUAUCAACGCGCUCUCAAGCUCGAAGUUUACGACUUUAUUCGAAUUACACACGACAGUCAUACAGAAUUGCGUAGUGUUCCUCGGGACCCGACUACUGAUCCCAUUCGACACUUGAUCACGUCGCGAAAACGUGGAUUCUACAACCAUGACGUACAGUCAAACCUUCAUUCGGUGUACUCAAAGCUGGAUCUGUCGAACGGAAAAGCUGCACUCACGACGUGGGAGUACUACGGAGAGUCUCAAAUCGAUGAUGCAUGGGCUUGGGUCCACGGUAUCCACUUUUUCUUUGGUACUCAAACGUUGCUUUCGUUAGUUAUCGUGGCCAUUGUGUCGUACCAAAAGAUCAAAGUUGGCAAAAUCUGGAUUGGUGAUCCCUUUUCGUCCGUCUCGACUCUAGCAUUUGUCUCUCGAGGAUUUCUAGUCGUUAUUUCAUGGUACAUCAAUGCAUUCUGGACACUACGUGAGUACGCAUUGAUGAAUGCUGCAACACUAUCGCGCACUGAACCCAUACACGUACACGAAGAGCUUGUACACUGCGACGUUCUCGUCGUCUUUCUUGGUUUUGUGGCUUUUUUGAGUUGGUUGGCGCGCGAACGGAUUGAUCCUGCCGUUGCAAUUUUUUUGUUUGAACUUGUGCACGAUAAUCGUUUACGAAUCAUUGCAACGUUUCCAGCUGUGCUCAGUGAAGUAGUUUCGUACUCUAGCUGGAUGAAUCAACUUGGUGAUGUACCAAAGACAGCUGCUGUGGCUGCAAUGUCUCCAUUGUCUUUUUGGUGCACGAUACAAAUUCCACAAGUAGAUAUCAAAUUCCUUGCUGCCUCCUUUUCACCAAAAGUUGGUCUUUUGGUCUUGUUUGCCUGCUAUGCAGCAUUGCGUAAACUUUAUCGAAAGGUUUUUCCAGAGCGUGUUAUUGUGAAAUCGGGUCAAAGCGUCGCAAUGUCUGGAAAUGAUAAGUCGAAAGCUGCAGUGAAAGGACAUUUGACAAAUUUUGAGAUAUCAACUGGUGCAGAACUUCAGACACGCUUUGGGAUUAUUUCAGAUUACAAUAAUUACGUUUAUUUCAAAGGAAUGAAGUUUGCAUCAGCAGACGGUGUUUACUGCUCAGGUUACGUGAUUGUCAACAACAAAUUACUGGUGCGCUCGAAGCAGUUACUUGGAAUUAUCAUGAUGAAAAUUGUUCGCACACGUCUUACGAAUAUUUACGCGUAUGAAGUGGAUGGGAAUACAGUUAAGGAUACAGCAAGACUUGUAUUUCCAGAAACAUUUCAUGGUCGGAACUAUGGCGAUUGA